AUGUUUGCAGACAUGUCUUGGGUCUUGUGGGUCAUGUUUAUGAUGACUACCGUACUCGCUGUGCCAUUAUAUUCGCUACAGAGUAAGUUUAUAUCUUUUAUUUUUAUUGUGUGCUUUAUUUCUACUGUGAGGUUGCAGUAUACUGUAACAUAGUAAUGUCAAACAUGUAAAAUUACUGUCUUUCCACUUUACGACAACUUUUGCCUAUAUUAUGUUUCAUUUUACAAUCCGAACAUAGCAUUACUCUGUUCUUUGUCAUUCUGUCACAAGACGGUCGUAUCUUCAUUCGUCUUCGUAUAACGCCAGAAUAUUUGGGCUUUUAAAGAACAUAGAACAAGAUACGAUCCCAAACAUAUGUUUCUGACAUUAAAGUGCAUGCUGUCAUUAGCAUGUUUACAUGGAUGUAAGUGCAUGUAAAUAUAAUAUAUCCGGAUGUAAUUAGCUGAAGAUAACUGUGACUUUACUGACUCUAACAUACGAUGUUGACCCAGCAAUAAUAUACCCUGUAACAUCCGUAAAAGUAUUGUGCCAUGGAUGCGGAUGUUUACUGCAAGGUAUUGUCGUUGUACCAAUGGGUACAUGUACAUUAACUUUUACUCAGUAAACAUACCGGAACACACCCUUAGAACAUACCACGCAGCCGUGGUGUUCCUUGUGACACAUAAUAAUUAAACUCGCACAGUAAUUACCGUGGUAAGUUGUGAUUCUCACUACCGGGACUGUCGUAUUAACAAACAUGUUCGUAUGUGAGCGUUUCGUAACCGAAUACGUGACAUAUCACAAGUUGUGCCAGCAAGAUACAUAAUGAUAGGAUUACAGAUAUCGUAUGUUGAAAACUAAUAGGAUUACUACCGCUUUGUUAUCCUUACUUUGCAAAAACAUACCAUCAUAGGGUUUCGCGAAUACGAUAGAAGCUUACGGUAUAAUCUUACUGUAAUUACUUAAAGUAUUCUAUUGCAAGUUUCUAGAUAUGAUAAUUGUAUUGAGUACUUUAAUAUACCUGUUACAAUUAACAGUAAUGAUCAAAGGUCUAUCAAUAGUGUCUACUAUAACCACUUCAUUUAUUUUUUGUGUGAGAGUAUAUCUCCUCUUUUACAGCCUUUUACUGCGUUGAUAUUCCAGUUUUACAGCAAACUUCAAAAUUUCAUUGCAAUACCUCUUUUCUGUUCCUCGCUCUUUUAUACACUCUCUAUAUAAUAUAAAUUUACAUACUAUCCAUCAUGCUAUCUACACUGAUAUUACAAUGUCUAUGUUAAUAUAAAAAUUCAUUUUAAACCAACUACAUCCACCAUCAACAAGGUUAUUGUUUUAGGGAUAGACGAGGACCCGGACGUUGUGAUGCAGAAGAUGGUAGCGUUGUGUUCCAAGUCGAUAGGCUCAAAUACGAUGGUAGACUCGUUGGUAGCGCAGUUGUGUGCCAACAUUCGUAUGUAG